AUGUCCGCCGACUUCUGGGCCUCGUACCUCUCCGGUGCCCUCGGCAUCCUCAUCGGGAACCGCCUCGACGUCCUCAAAGUUCAAGCCCAAGCUGGCCUUGCCUCCGGUCCCUCCUCCACUCCAUACUCACCCUCUGCCACCUCACCACUCCUCCCGCCCUCCCCGGCCUCUCGUACCACCGGACGGCCAGCCAACCUCCAACACCUAACCCAGCAUUUCCGCGGCGCCGCCGCCCCCAUCCUGGGCUAUGGCGCCCUCAACUCGAUCCUCUUCAUGACAUUCAACCGCACGCUCCAGCUCAUGAACCCGGGCCUCUUCGACUACACCAAGCUGGCGGGCUGCUCACUGUCGUCGAUCUGGGCUGCAGGCGCGCUGGGCGGGCUCGCGACCUGGCUAGUCUCCGCGCCGAGCGAGCUGAUCAAGUGUCGCGCGCAGUUGCAGGUGGGUGGGCAAGGGAGCAGUUACGGCGUGUUUCGGGAGGUGGUGCGGGAGGGGGGUGUACGUGCGUUGUUUCGGGGCGGGGUGGUGACGAGUGUGAGGGAUGCGGUGGGGUAUGGGUGGUAUUUCUGGAGUUAUGAGUUGUGUAAGAGGUUUUUGGUUGGGCGGCGGAGUCCGGAUUGGUGGGAGGACUUGAGGGGGUGGGAGGUGUUGUUGGCGGGUGGGAUUGCAGGCGUAGUUACGUGGGGGAGUGUGUAUCCCGCGGAUGCGGUCAAGACAAGGGUGCAGACUCAGCUGGGGCCGGAGCGCAAGGGAGUGUGGCGCGUGGUGAGGGAAGUAUACGCCGAGGGCGGGGUGAGGGCAUUCUACAGGGGGUUGGGGGUGUGUAGUUUGAGGGCUUUCGUGGUUAAUGCUGUCCAGUGGUACGCAUACGAAAACAUGAUGGCCGUACUGAAGGCGCCCGAAUGA